AUGCUGUCCUGCUGCUCGCUGUGGCGCUGCUGGAGUCCGUGCUGCUCGUGGGAGGUCCUGCUGGAGCUCGUGCUGCUCACGACUGUGCUGCUGGAGUCCGCCCUGCUGUCCACGAUGGUGCUACUGGAGUCCGUCGUGCUGCACCCGAUGUUGCUGAGGUCUGUCGUGUCGCUCGCCAUGGCACUUCUAGGCUCCGUCGUGCUGCUCAUCGAGGUGAUACCGCUGUCCGUCGUGCCGCCAACAAUGGUUCUGCUGGAGCCCGUCGUGCUGGCUCCAGUGGUGCUGCUAGCGUACGCCCCGCCGCUCCUGGAGGGCUGCUGGAGUCCGUGCUGCUCACGGUGGUGCUGCUGGGGUCCGUGGUGCUGCUCACGGAGGUACUGCUGGACUCCGUUGAGCUGCUCAGAGGUAAUGCCGAGACCCGUCGUUGGUGCUGCUGGUGGCCCUUGUGCUGCCCCUGGAGGUGCUGCAAAUGUCCGUCCUGCUGCUCGAGGCGGUGCUGCUGGAGUCCGUGCUGCUCACGGUGGUACUGCUGGAAUCUGUCGUACUGCUCACGACGGUACUGCUGGAGGCCGGAGUGUGGCUCGCGAUGGUGCUGCUGGGCUCCGUCGUGCUGCUCAAAAUGGUGUUGCCCGAGGCCCGCGCGCUGCUCCGCUGGUGCUGCCAGAGCCUGUCCCGCUGCGCACGGUGGUGCUGCGGAGGGUCGUGCCGUUCACAGUGGAUCCGCGUCCUACCAAUGACAGUCGACCUCUGCAGUAA